AUGGCCGACAGAUUCCCUUCCCUAGAAGAUUUUGAUUCGGGGGCCCAAACCGACAUCAAAGACUCAGGCGCCUCCCCCUCUGCCGACGACUUCCUUGCUCGUGAGAAGGCCCUCCUCGGCGAUGAUGCCGACCAAUUCGCUACUGUUGACGACUCUGCUGCCUUCGGUACUGGCGAUGACGACCUGCUGGGUGGCGGGGGUAGCGGCAACGUCAUCAGCGAAGAGUCCACCUUCGAGUCGCAGUUCCCCGAUCUUGCCAACCAGAAUGAGGCUCUUGCUCCAGGUGCGAUCCCCGGUGCCGGUAUCACAGCGCCCAGCGUCAACUACAACUCCGGUUACAGCGCCUUCGUUGAGGAAGAGGAGGAGCCCGCAGUGAUCCGCGAAUGGCGCGAGAAGAGAGAUGCACAGAACGAGAAGCGUGCGCAGCAGUUUGCCGCUCAGCGUGAGGAGACCAUCAAAGAGGCCCGAGAGAAUAUCGACGAUUUCUACAACAACUAUAAUGCCAAGAAGGAGAAGGGUAUUUCCCAGACCCGCAAGGACGCCGAGCUGUUCCUGGCCAGCCGCGAGGACACAGUCUCCGGUGGUACGAGUUGGGAGCGGAUUGCGAAGCUGGUUGACGUUAGCGGAAAGGGCGCCAAGGGCGGCGCCUCUGGCUCUGGCAAAGAGCGCUUCCGUGAACUCCUGGUCAGCCUGAAGAAAGACGAGAAGGCACCAGGGGCCAGCGGCUACUAG